AGACUGAGUUGAGUGCUUUUUCUAGGCAAAGACUGCAGUGAAAUGGAUUUUUGCUAUGAUGAGCUAAAAGUGGCUUGUGAUGAUGUUAAUCAUUUGAGUUCUGUUCAUUUUAAACAUGCUCACCACUCUAGAUAAGAAGGUUUUGGCCUCUUAGAUUCUGUGUAUCUAUAGCUUUAAGGCUUUUAGAUUCUGUGUGUCUAUAGAUUAUAGGCUAGAACUCAUUUCUCUGAAUAAGAUGAAGAGGAAGAUAGAGGCUGUGUUCUGGUUUCUCACAUUUUUUUGGCUUUGUUGUGCUUCAAAUGGCUUGCUUUCCCCCAAAGGUGUCAACUUUGAAGUGCAAGCUUUGAUGGGCAUAAAGGCUUUCUUGGUGGAUCCUCAUGGUGUUCUUGAUAAUUGGGAUGGUGAUGCUGUUGAUCCUUGUAGCUGGACUAUGGUUACUUGUUCUGCUGAAAGCUUGGUCAUUGGCCUUGGAACUCCUAGCCAAAAAUUAUCAGGCAUUCUUUCCCCGAGCAUUGGCAAUUUAACAAAUCUCCAGAUUAUACUCUUACAAAACAACAACAUAUCUGGAGUAAUUCCAGUAGAUCUGGGAAGGCUUCGAAAGCUGCACACUCUUGAUCUUUCUGAUAAUCACUUCAGUGGAGAAAUUCCCUAUUCUUUAAGCCACUUGAAAAGUCUGCAAUACAUGAGGCUCAACAAUAACACACUGUCUGGAGAGAUUCCAGGAUCAUUGGCCAAUAUGACGCGGCUUACUGUUGUAGAUUUGUCGUUCAACAACUUGAGUGCCCCUGUACCCAGAUUUCCGUCUAAAAAGUUCAACAUUCUUGGGAACCCUCUUAUAUGUCCAACUGGAACUGAGCCUGAAUGCUAUGGAACAACACUGAUGCCCAUGUCUAUGCCUUUAAAUAAGACACGAACUGCAGCAUAUUCGAACAGAUCCAAAAGCCACAAACUUUCCAUUGCCAUUGGCUCAAGUGUUGGGUGCAUCUUGGUGUUCAUCUUUGCAGUUGGACUGCUUCUGUGGUGGAGACAAAGGCAUAACCAGAGAACUUUCUCUGAUGAAAAAGAGAGGCAUCAUGAGGAAGCUUGCCUUGGAAAUCUCAAGAAGUUUUCUUUCAGGGAACUUCAGAUUGCUACGAACAACUUCAGUAGUAAAAACAUAUUGGGAAAAGGGGGUUUUGGGCAUGUUUACAAAGGCUGUCUGCAAGAUGGUACUCUUGUAGCCGUGAAGAGGCUAAACGAUGGCAGUACAGCCGGGGGAGAAAGACAGUUCCAGACAGAAGUUGAGAUGAUCAGUUUAGCUGUGCACAGAAACCUCCUUGGACUAUACGGAUUUUGUAUGACUUCCACUGAAAAACUCCUUGUAUAUCCAUUCAUGUCAAAUGGAAGUGUUGCAUCACGUCUUAAAGCAAAACCAGUUCUUAAUUGGGAUGUAAGGAAAAGGAUCGCAUUAGGAGCUGCAAGGGGACUAUUGUACCUCCACGAGCAAUGUGACCCGAAGAUCAUUCAUAGAGAUGUUAAAGCAGCCAAUAUACUGCUUGAUGACUACUAUGAGGCAGUUGUAGGAGAUUUCGGAUUAGCAAAGCUUAUGAAUCAUCAAGAUUCCCAUGUCACAACUGCGGUAAGGGGAACUGUGGGGCAUAUAGCACCUGAAUAUCUCUCAACUGGCCAGUCCUCAGAGAAGACAGAUGUUUUUGGUUUCGGGAUUCUCCUCCUUGAGCUGAUCACAGGACAUGGAGCUUUAGAAUUUGGCAAGGCGGCUAAUCAAAAAGGAGCCAUAUUAGACUGGGUAAAAAAGAUUUACCAAGAAAAGAAACUAGACGUUCUAGUUGACAAGGACUUAAAGAACAAUUAUGACACCGUUGAGCUCGAGGAGCUCGUUAAAGUGGCAUUCUUGUGCACUCAGUACUUGCCAGGCCUCAGGCCAAAAAUGUCAGAAGUGGUAAGAAUGCUUGAAGGUGAUGGACUAGUAGAAAAAUGGGAAACCUCCCAUAACAUAGACUCCACCAAAUGCAGAACUCAAGAAUUGUCCUCAUCGGAGCGAUUUUCGGACCUCACCAACGAUUCUUUAGUGAUUGUACAGGCCAUUGAACUGUCUGGUCCUAGAUGAAAUCAUGUUAUUGUUUUUGUCAAGUUUGUUAAGAGUGUAGAAUUUUGAAAGGAAGUUAUAGUUAAAAGUUGAAUAGUUAUAAGUGGCGGGAAAAGCCCAAAAUGCCAAUUAUAUUUUUAUCUGUACAGGCCCAACUUCAACUGGACUCUGGCUUCGACCCAACCGUAGUCGGCCUUCAUAUAUAAAAAAUAGGUCCCGGCCCAACUCUUAAACCCGGGCUGUUUUUUUUCU